ACUUCUGUACCUCACUUUUAGUCUUUCAGGCUCCUCCACCCUCCCUUUGUUGAGCACAAGACGCAUUCUUCUGCUCCUUGCUAACCUCUAGGCCUGGGCUUAAGCAAGACGUCUGUUGCAACUGUCCCCCGACUCCACCUGGUCAGUGGGGUUGUGGGAUCAUUUCCUCUGCUUCUGUGCAUAGGGGUGCGCAUUGUGUACCAGUGUCUGCUUGUCACAUGUGAAGAUUGCACAGCUGUCUAUAUUUGCCAGUUGGAAAGCUGCGAGCGGCAGCAGAUUCCCUGCAAGUGUUCAGCUGCCCAAACUGUCAUGCAUGACAUUCACACAAGGGUCUAACUAUGUGAAUGUACACCCCCCCACACACACACUGCAUCAGAGAUGCAUAGACCUUGCUGGGUUGUUGGAAUAAACCUUAGUAACAACAGCAGCAGCAGCAAUUUUAUUAUUUCUAUGCCACUCAUCUGGGCUGCCCCAGCCACUCUGAGCAGCUCCUGACAAAACAUUAAAAGCAAUACAACUUGUAAAUGGAAAAUAACCAUUGCAAGGGAAAGGAGCAGUAGGGCAGUGAGAUGUUAGGUGGGAAAUGUGUGGGCUUGAGCUUUCGAAGAGCUCUGCCAGCAGCCUUCACUUGCAUCAGCUGGUCUGGCUGCAAUAUUCACUAAGUGAGGGCAAGGAGCAUUCAGAACAGAACAAGGCUGCUUUGUCAAGGUGCUGAUUUCUGACUUGGUCCUGCAGGCUCCUGGAUGCCUUUGACACCGUGCCAGGUCAUUUGACAGAGGACCUCCACCUCUAUUCCUUGAAUGACCUGAGUGCCACCAAGAAAGGGGAGCUCGUUCCUUGCUUGACAGAGCUCCUCAAGGCAGGUACCCAGCACGUUGAGAAAUGCAUGCUGUGCCAGGCCAAGGGCUUCAUCUGCGAGUUCUGCCAGAACGAGGAGGACAUCCUCUUCCCCUUUGAGCUGAACAAGUGCAGGACGUGCGAAGAAUGCAGAGCCUGCUACCACAAGGUGUGCUUCCGCUCAGGACCCUGCCCCAAAUGCGAGCGGCUGCAAGCGCGGAGGGAGCUGCUGGCCAAGCAGAGCAUGGAGGCUGACAUCUCGGACUACGAGGAGGAGCAGGAGGAGGAGGCAGCCGUUGAAGGAGCAGCCACGUGACAGAUGAGAGGCUGUGACUUGGUGCGUGGCCUCUGCCUCCAGGGACUGAACUGACAGAGAACUCAGACUGACUCUUCCACAGCUAAUAAGCCAACGUGAUGGGAGCCUUUGGGGGGGGGAGUCCCCCAAAGGGUUAUUUUGCACUUGCCUUGGGAGGUUUUGGUGCUUCCCUUCUGUCUGAGCCACAGGACGAGGGAGAGAGAGACUUGCUUGCUGUUUCCGCCACCAACUUCGAUGCACUGUGGAGCCCAGCUUCGCUGCCACCGCAAAGAAAGUAGCAGCUGGCUUUGCCUUGAGCGCCUGAACUUCUCUCCACAUGCCACUUGGGAGAAGCCGGUGGGUGAUGCUGGUGGGCUUAUGUGGCUGAGCUCCUGGCCGAGUUCCAAAACACUACUAAAGGGAAAACGGCCCACGUGGAAACUUGUUAUUUUCUGUAUUGGCUGCUGUGUGCCAGAAGAGGCAGCUUUUAUGUUUUUCUUUUGCCAAAACCACUGCCUACUUCGCUGCUGAAUGUCAUUUAUCUGGCCCUCAUUUUUUGUGCCUGAAGGAAGCCAGAGAACCGAAAGGGGCAUUCAGCCUGCCCUUUUAUUUUGUCGGGAGCUGCCUAGCUACAAUAAAUACUGGGGGUGUAGAAAACCUGCUGGUACCUAGCGGGGUAAGCGGAGGAGGGGGGGGCGAUAGUUGGCAAACCCAAGGUCCCCACAACUCUUCUCAGAAUAAUCUGCCCACACACCCCAACGCCCUGUUAGAGAGGACCUAGCUCCUGCUUCCUUCCCUACCACCCUUUCUUCCAAUUUGCCUAAAAAGUCUUUUUCCUUGCAAGGGAAAUGUGGGUUGGCAGCUUGCAGAAAUAACUGUACCCUUCCAGGAUGCUGGAUUUGGCAGGGAUUCCAGUUUAAAGCCUAAAUAGGGCAGAGCCUGGGGCUUUCCUAUUGUGGGAGUUAACCUCUGGGCUCUUUCUGACACUUUUGCAACGAUGCAUUUGCUUUUCCUGCUGAUAUUUCUGCUGUUGACACCUAAACUCUAGGACUUACCCGGCUUUGAUGGUAAAUUGGUAGGUGCCUUUUGUUGUUUUAGGGUACAGGAGAUUUCCCAUUACUGGUCAUGUUUCAUGAUCAAGCAGGCCAUGAGGCUGGAAAGGGGCAAUUAUUUAGUAGGAUGGGGGGCAGAAAAUGGUGCUGAAGAUUGCAAGUUCAUUUCCUCCUUCUUGCAGAAGCAUGGCAGGGUCCCUAGGAGCAGAGCUUAAAGCAGCCUUCAUCCUCCUGAAGUUUAGGCUCAGUGGGAGCUGCAGUCCUGGAAGGGGUGCUAAACUGGAGAAGACGGGCUUCUAGCAUGCUGGUGAGGUGGUGCUCUCUUGUUAACCACCAGCCAUUCUACUAGAAUUAGGGGUUAGCUGACUUGUUGCACUGAAUAUGGCUUGGGUUCAUUCAGAAACAAACAAAACUUCCUUUCCUCAUAUUAAUAGGUGAGCCUCUUUGUCAGAUUCCUUUAAUUUGGUACUUGAAAUGUGGCUGUGCUUUAUAAUCAAGUAGGGUUCUUCUACACCAACUAGUCUAUAUAGUCUCUUCCCUGCUCCUGUUUUGAAACGCUUUUUCCUGGCACCUUCUUGCCCACCUCUUCUUCCUCUACCUUGUUCCUCAGCAGAGAGGUGUUCAUCAGCCCUGCUUAAUCUCCAGGAGUCUACCUUGUCUCUUAAUCUCCAGGCUUUUUCAUCGGGGAAUAUCUGGCCUGUGGGGCUUGCUGGCAGCACUGGCAGCAAGUCCUGCAGGAUCCAGAACGCUGCGGUGCAGCCCUGCUUUUGGCACAGAUCUUCCCUUUGCAGUCUGGCUUUGAUAUAAAGCCAGGCUGCAGAGGAAGAAACAAUUGAGAGCGCUUAAAAGAACCCUUUCAACAUUGGGUCGUCUUGUCAAAAUGGCCUGCAGGGGCGGAGAAACUUGGGACCUGGCCUGUGCUGUGUGAUUGGCAGGAUUAUUUUACGCUACUUCAUCCCCCCGCUGAUGCUGGUAUUCCUUUUAUGGUGAAAGCACUUCACACCCUUAUUGACUAGGUGUGUGCUCACAAACUUCUCCCAGACUCCUCUAUGUGGCAGUUCCUGUGCAGGGGGAGAAUAAAAUGGGAGGGCCUCUGAUGGCUGUGAGAGCAGCCUUCUCCUAUCCUAUGCUACUGUAUGGCAGUGUACCCAAUUCUGUAUACGGUGCUGUUCCGUAACAACCUCCUAGCAGAGCACCUUGUGUGGUGUGGUCCUUCAGAGUACUCUCCUGUGUUGCUGGCUAGAAGCUGGAGAUUGUAUUCCUUGCAAUAUGACCAGACUUUCAAAGUCAGCUGGUUCUUGGACGUUUGAAGUGGCCCAGUCUGAAAGGACAGUUGGUUUGUGGAUGUAAGUGAGGGUCAGUGUAGUCUGUAGGUAGAAAUGGCAUGAUGUCUUGAGGAAGGAGGUGGCGGCAUUUUUGGCGUAGGUCACUCAGCUAGCACACAGCAGAAUCUCCUGCAGGAGGCAGCAUAUGUCCUUUUGUGCUGGCCUAGACUGCAAGACCCAUUUUCUAAAGAUGGAUAGCAGUGUCAUUUUGGCUACUGUAUUUUUUUAACUAUACAUAAUACACUAGAAAAACCCUGACCUAGAUAAGCAUGACAUACAGUUGACAUGCGUGCAAAAUGACACUGUGAUGCUGUGAAGAUUUACUUAAAGAAUGCUAUAUAAAGGUAGACUUCCUUCUAUCUGCUUUUUCUAUGAACAAGAUUUGAGUGUUUGCAGUGUCAGGAAGUUGCCCACUUCUGCUCAGACACGGCCUUGGAAGGUGUUGCUCUGUGGCUUCCACUUGCUUAAUUCAGUGGCACCCUUUUUAUGCCCUCCGGCUUAGAGCCUCAGCCUUUUGCUGCUGCUUUUGGCAAGGCUGAAAUAUCUCUGUGUUAUUUUUUUAGCUCCACGUGUAGUUUCCUCAGAGUAUGCCCACGUCCAGAAUUUAUAAAGGAAAUGUUGAAAUAAUUGACUUGGGGUAUGUUCAGAAACAGUUGGUGGUUUGGUGAACUAGCAGUCUGGAAUAUGGGUGAUUGAACCAGCUGAAGUGAAGGAGCAAGGAGCUGGGAACACAGGUUAACUCAGCAGGGUGGAUGCUUGCAUGAUGGAGAUGGGGGCAAUCCACAAGCACCCUGUUGACUGAACGCCUUGGGUGUUUGUGGGUUGGGCAUUAUCGUGAGAGGGUUCUUGGUGUUCAGUGGCAGUGGGACAGUCCAUCCACCUCACCCCACCCCACCCUCAAAGACAGGAUUUGCUGUGUCUCAAAGAAAACUGCGGAACCACUCCUCCCAUUUCCUGUGCCUUCACAAUUCCUACAGUAGCCUGUUACUAUUCUCUACUUGAGAUCAGAACUCUACAGAAAGUGCUUCCCAAAUAAUUCCUGAUCUAAGGUUUUAAAAACACAAUAGCGACAGGUUUGCAGCAGCGUGGAGUAUUUCAUGCAUUCUGAAGCCCUCACUUGCUUCAAUUAAGAGCCUCUCUCAUAGAUAACUGUUGAAGAACAACAUCUUUUAUCUUGAUUACAUACAUCAGUUCCCUUGACUGCCAAAAAACAUUACAUGGCUCUGUUUUAUGGAUUGGAGCUCCCCCUUGCUAUCCCCCCUGCCUUUCAAAAAUUGUUUUUACUUAUUCCAGGGCCCAGCUACACUUGCUGCUAAUCAUGUGCUUAAAGAAGCAUGCUUAACUUGCCCGUUUUUAGGGCUCCAGUCUGAAAUACACGUCCAAUCCAGAUCAGUGCCCACCCAGCCCCUGGGCAUUUGUCUUCUCUAUUGAAUAUCACCCCCCCCCGGUUAUUUGCCCCCAAAUGUGCCGUGAACAGAAAAGUCAUAUGGAAUCCUGGUGAUUUUUUCUCUCUCAAACGGUGGCAGCCUGGCAAAGUAUCUUUUUCUUAUUUUAAAUGUGACCAUCGUCAAACGAAGGUGAGCGAGCCCUCAACCUUGUGUCACGAACAGUCUCAAAAGAUUGUAAAUCCACACUGCAAUCCUUUACAGUUAAGGAGAAAUUUGGUGGGGUUUACAUAUAUAUAUAAUUGUCAGCACUUCUGUUGAUGACAUUUCUUGUGUUUGUCAGUAUGGCCCUCUUUAAAAAAGCUAUUUUCCAGGACAGACUUCUGCCAGCCUGGUGCUCUCCAUUUAGCUAUGGGACUACAAUAGCCAUCAGCCACAGGCGGUGCAGUUCUGCUGCCUGGGGGCUGAUGAGGAAAGACUAGCUCAAAACAUCUUGAAGGCACCAGGUUGGCAAAAGCUGUUCUAGAUGCACUGAUCUAAGUUCCAAAAGGGGGGUGGUAGUUUGUGGAGGUUUUUUCCCCUUUUACGUGAUAAUUGUGCAGUCUCCUUUCUGCAAUGCCUGGAAAGUGCACAAAGGGAGAAUGUAAUGCACAGCUGAAUGGUUAGGAAGCCAAAUGGCCAACCCUGAUGAAGCUGUGAUCGAUUUCUGGUAUGCCCACGGUUUUGCAGAAUGACUGCUGUCCAUAUUGUAAAUGGUAUGUGAAAGUUCUUUAUGAAGAGUUAACGGUGGACUUGAAAGCAGAUAUCCACCUGCUGUUAACCACAGAAAUGCCGUCCAUAAUAAACUACACUAAUAAGCA